AUGUCAACAGCUGCUUUAAUGACUUUAGUGAGAAGUGGUGGGAGCCAGGUGAGAAGGAGAGUGCUGCUGAGCUCCCGCCUGCUGCAGGAUGACCGGUGGGUGACACCCACCUGCCACAGCUCCACGUCAGAGCCCAGGUGUUCUCGGUUUGACUCAGAUGGUAGUGGGCGUCCAGCCACCUGGGAUAAUUUUGGCAUCUGGGAUAACCGCAUUGAUGAGCCAAUUCUGCUACCACCCAGCAUUAAGUAUGGCAAGCCAAUACCCAAAAUCAGCUUGGAAAAGGUGGGCUGUGCCUCACAGAUUGGCAAAAGGAAAGAGAAUGAAGAUAGAUUUGACUUUGCCCAGCUGACCGAUGAGGUCCUGUAUUUUGCUGUUUAUGAUGGACACGGUGGGCCUGCAGCUGCUGAUUUCUGUCACACCCACAUGGAGAAAUGCAUCAUGGAUUUGCUUCCUAAGGAGAAGAACUUGGAAACCGUGUUGACCUUGGCUUUUCUAGAAAUAGAUAAAGCCUUUGCGAGGCAUGCCCAUCUGUCUGCUGAUGCAACCGUUUUGACCUCUGGGACUACUGCAACAGUAGCCCUGUUGAGAGACGGUAUUGAACUGGUUGUAGCCAGUGUUGGGGACAGCCGGGCUAUUUUGUGUAGAAAAGGAAAAUCCAUCAAGCUGACCAUUGACCAUACUCCGGAAAGAAAAGAUGAAAAAGAAAGGAUCAAGAAAUGUGGCGGUUUUGUAGCGUGGAAUAGUUUGGGCCAGCCUCAUGUGAAUGGCAGACUUGCGAUGACGAGGAGUCUCGGAGACUUGGAUCUUAAAAGCAGUGGUGUGAUAGCAGAGCCCGAAACAAAGAGGAUUAAGCUACAUCAUGCCCAUGACAGCUUCUUGGUCCUCACUACGGAUGGAAUUAAUUUCAUAGUGAACAGUCAAGAAAUUUGUGACUUUGUCAAUCAGUGCCAUGAUCCCACUGAAGCGGCCCAGGCAGUGACUGAACAGGCAAUGCUGUUUGGUGCCGAAGACAACAGUACUAUCAUCGUGGUGCCAUUUGGUGCUUGGGGGAAAUACAAGAACUCUGAAAUCAACUUCUCCUUCAGCCGAGGCUUCGCCUCCAGUGGGCGAUGGGCCUGA